UAAAUGCAUCAAGAACACUUAAUUCACCGCCUGUUGAAACAUGGUUGAAAACUUCUUGGGAUGCACCCAAUUUGUUGCUUGAAAUAGUAGAGUCAGUCGCGGCCGAGAACUCUUCGGCAUAUUAUCCCUAUAUAACCAAACUAUUGGCUCGAAAAUCGGAAUUUGAUCCAUCAUCUCUGUCAACUUCUAAUUCUUCAUUAUCAUCAAAGGACAUAUAUUCAAAAGCAAUAAAAAUCCUCAAAGAUUCGCGACUUCUGUCAUUUCCCUCUUCUUCGUCUUCAUCUUCGGAAGAAGAGAGAAAGAUCACAACAUCGUUAUUAGAGUUCUCUCUUUCUCUGCACUCUACCGCGCCGACUAUACAAGCUUUCUAUCAGUAUUUUAUUACGUCUGUACUGGAUAGAUUUGAUCAUAAGAAUGAUAGUAGUACCAUGCAUUACGAUGACAGGUGUGAGGUUUGGGUUGAUUGGUAUGGACAACAGAUUUGUACCAUAGAAGAAUUUAGACAGGUUGCAGGAUUUAACAAAGUAACUGAUACGAAAUAUCAAUUGAAUUUUCUUAACGAUGAUGG